GCGCUGCUUUGAUGAAAAUCGUCGAAGUGUACAAGGAGAUCCAAGACCAGCAGAUGAAUAUCUUGAAAGCGUUCUACGUGGAUCUCCUGGUGCCGCUUGAAACAAACCUCGAAAAGGAUACAAAAGUUGUUCAGUCGGAGCAGAAGAGAUUCCUGCAACAGCAUAAACAACGAGCAGAGACGUAUAGCAAGGCUGCGGCUAUGAUGAAGAAGCAGAGGAAGAAGUCGAGAAGCUCUACGAAAACUGGACUGGCUAUGGACAAAGAACUGAAAAAUAUGCAAGUAUUGGAGGAAGAGAAAACCAAGUUGGAUGCUUUCUGCGAACAGAGUUUGAAAAAUGCAAUGACUCAAGAACGCAGACGAUACGGUUUUGUUCUGGAAAGGCACUGCUCUCUGGCCAAACACUAUCUUUCAUAUCACACUCAAGGAGUAGCCGUAUAUCAACACAACCUGGAGAAAUGGUCGGAAGUGGCAAAAACCCGUGAAUUUCUACCCGAAACCGUUGAGAAUAUAUUCAGCAAUCGACUGAGGCAAAUUUCCGUUUGGCACGAUGAGGAUGUUUAUUCGAGCCCCCGGAGCCCGCACUUCGACGACGACGGUAUUAGCAUCUCCUCGCAGUUGAGAAAAACAAAGAGCAUGGAUGCUUCCUGCUUGGAUAUCCGUUCGAUCGGAGAUGUGGGAUCACCUGUGACCACUUUAUCCAGAGCCAAAUCCGAAUACAAUUUGAAUUCAUCCACUCAUUCGCUGGAGCAAGAUGAGACACCGACGCGCCGUCCGAAAUCGAUGGCUGUACCUCCGGUGCCGCCGCCGCAAUGGGACACGCAAUUAGCGAGGGCCUUAUAUGCAUAUCUCUCCAGUGGCGAGAAUCAGCUCAGUUUCCUUGAAGGGGAUCUGAUUGCGCUGAUCGGGGAAAGAAAUAAGGGAUGGCAAUUUGGGGAGAAUUUGCGUACGCAGUGCAGCGGAUGGUUCCCUUUGGCUUACACCGAAGUUCUGGACGAUUCAUCACUUUCCCCGACGCACGCGAGCAGUUCAGGAAGCGGAAACGCAAACAUAGGUCAGCAUCCGAUGUCUCCAGGCGGUGGCGGCGGUUCGGGUUCAUCCCCCGGUAAUGUCAAUGUCAAUGAACCGCCCACCCCACGUAUGUUUGGCGAUACCCUUCAUCUGCAUAGAUCAUCCGCUAACGCUAAGCAGAUUCGACGUGCGAUCGGUUCUAACAACAUACCACCACCGGCACUGCCCGCACCUGUCCCAACCCCAUCUCUGCCAUAUCACAAGACCGGAAUGACCCAAUCUCAAAGCACUAACUUCUCAUCGAAAACUAAUACGGAGGCAACGUUCCAAUCCCCGUAUUCCCAAACGGGCAUUAAAAGCUCCGCUUCCAGUUUCAAUUUCACUACCCCGUCGACGGGAUCGUAUUCCACCCAUCCGCAACCGUCGCGAUCCGACAGGCCCACGGCCGGAGCCCCAUUGCCUCUCCACUUGCAGUCCAAGGGUAGCAAAAUCGGGGGUCCCGUCGGUAAUGUUUCGUUGCACAGCAGCAACGAUUCGGGAUUCAGCAACGAUCCACCACCCCAACCGGAAAUUGAUUACUCGGACGAUGAUUCCAUCCCAGGCCAGACCAAACUGCCGGCUCGAAAUAGUAAGCAUCGUCGUGAGGUGAACAGUGAUGACAAUAACAAUAUGCGUAAAAUGGCCCCAAUCCGUCAGUCCACAAGUUCUGGCAAUUUAAUCGAAAAGAACUAUUACAUAUCGGAUGAUCAGGAUAAUGUGCGGUACACGGGAGAAAGGAAGGGUCUUGUGAAGCGUACGAAAUCGUUUUGGCGUUUCGGUAGGAACGGAUCGGACAAUGAAAUAUUGGAGGGCAUGUCGCUGUGGAAGCAUCGCGAUUUAGUCGAUGUGCCGGAGAAGAAGAAGUCUCUGAAGCAUCCAAUUGUGGAAAAGCCGAAGAAGCCUAGCAGGGAUACUUCUAACGAUUCCGAAAAGACGUUGUUAAAUAACUACGAGGAGGAGAGAUGUAGGAAACCGGUGGAGCCGGCACCCAGGCACAGACCGAGCUUUAGAGAAAAACCUCAAAAGAUGACUAUGCCCAAGGAAAACAAGAAUAACAAGAAUGAUGAUUAUGAAAGUAGCUUUGAGAAGCGUAAGGAUGAUCAGUUUUAUGAUGACGGAGAUGACGGACUUAUGAUGCGCACAGUGAAUAGGAAGAACAUUCUUCAGCAGUACACUAAUGACUCCACUGGGCCCGAUUCGGAGAGCGAAUCGGAGAUCACCAGUGAUGACCCGUACGAUUGUAUAGUGGUUGAUGAUCAGAAGGUCCGCAAGAACGGAGAGCAGUUCCCGAAUGUGGCUGCGAUCGGCCGCAAGCUGGAGAAGUUAUCGAAGAACACGAAAUAUUCUCCGAACAAAGAGCCCCCCGCGAGGAAUUCGAUCAACGAGAAGAAUAACAACAUAAAUCUCAGGAACGAGCGGAAUAAAAUGGAAAAGAAUUCCCAGCUGGAGAGCGAGGAGAUUAUACAAUACCAGCCGCGCAGCAGCUUCAAGACGUUCGGCCACGAGAUCCAGAACAAUGAGAACGGGGAGAAGGAACCGAGGAAUAGCGAUCAAGACAGAUACUACCCGCAGCCCCGAAAACGCACCGAUCCCACCCCCAACAAAGACAAACGUCGUUAUUACGUCGAGCAGAAUAGUUUGAGUCACGAACGAAAGAUGCGACCCAGCUAUGAUAGCAUCGACUCCGAGAUUGAUCAAAGAGACAGCAGGAGCCAUCGCCGCAUGAACUCGGAUGUCGAGAAGAAGGAUAAGAUGAAAUACUACUCCAUGCAUCGGGAGAGUACGGCCGACGAGUACUCAGAUGCAGCGACUGAAAACCGCCAGUUCCUUCCGAGGACUAAACUCACUAAAACCAACAGUAAUAGCUCCAAGUAUCAGGAUCAGGAUGGAAGCAUGGCGGAAUAUGGUGAAACAUUGCAGAGGCGUCUGAAGAGCAACGAAUACGGCUCGAAAAUGGACGAGAAGUCUCUCCAUAAUGGAAACAUGUACGGACCAUGGUACGACCUCUGGGGACUCGAUGCAUCGGAUGACAAACAAUUUCGCAACCAUAAAGCUUCGGAAAAGUAGUAAGUCCGCCGACCGAUCCACAUCACUAAUUAUCGAAUAGGAUUAGUAACACAAACCCCCAUCCCCCUUAGAUUUGAUAAGUUAAUAUUAUAAGAGAGGAUAAACGAACAUAUAUUUACCAUAAAACCUAGUCUUAUGUCAUAAAACUGGUACUUGGUAACGUAAUAGGAGCAUAGCAAAUUACAUGUAAAAUAUAUUUUAUAAUAUAUACAUAAAUUUAGAGAAGAAAUGUCUUUUAUCGAUAUGCAUAUAACGGCGACAAGGAAGUCGACGAAGCUCAAAACUUAAUGUCUUGCUAAAUCAAAUGCACCCAUAAAUGAGGCCAUUGCACUCGACACAUCCAGUAACUACUAUGACUUAAUAUUCCAUCCCGUUGCGUAACGUAGUAUGAAAUUUUCAGUUUUUUUAAGCCCAAUAUUGUAAAACCGUUUCGAGUUUCAACUAGACACAAAGUGUUCUUUCACGCAGAUAGACAUAGAUUAUGUUUAACAAAAAAAAAUCAAAUAUAAUA